CCCCGCCGCUGGGAUGCUGGGGCCUAGUCGCCAUAGCGACGGGCUGUAAACUACCACAGCUUCCCCGGCCGCGGAUGCAGGCUGCCAGGCUGCCGGAGGGUCAUGGCCUCCCCGAAGCCGCGGUGCUCCAGCUUCGCGACCACGUCGAGAACACACAUGCGGCCUUCAGGAGAGACCAUAGAUGACUCCUUCCUCACAGAAACCAAGAACACUCAGAAUCGCAAGCUUUCUCAGAAACGGAAGACACUGGUAUCCAAACUGAGAAAGAAUUUGGCUGAGGAGUACCUGCGCUACCUCAGCGAGCGAGAUGCCCGCAAGAUCCUCAUUGCAGACCUGAAUGAGCUGCGGUACCAGAGGGAGGACAUGUCACUAGCCCAGUCGCCAGGCAUCUGGGGGGAGGACCCUGUGAAGUUAACACUGGCUCUGAAGAUGGCCCGGCAAGACCUGACCCGCACGCAGAUGGAACUCAACACCAUGAAGGCCAACUUUGGAGAUGUGGUGCCCAGGAGGGACUUUGAAAUGCAAGAGAAGACCAACAAGGAACUGCAGGAGCAGCUGGACAGCCUGAGAGGUGACUAUGAAGAGGUCUGCAAGGAGCACGAGAUACUGCUGCAAUUGCAUAUGACCACACUGAAGGAGCGGGACCAGUUUCAUUCUGACCUCCAGGAGAUCCAGCGCACCUCUACGCCACGGCCUGACUGGAGCAAGUGUGAAGAUGUGGUGGCUGGGGGCCCAGAUCGCUGGCAAAUGCUGGCUGAGGGCAAGAACAGCGACCAGCUGGUGGAUGUGCUCCUGGAGGAGAUUGGCGAGGGGCUGCUCCGGGAGAAAGACUUCUUUCCUGGUCUGGGCUAUGGGGAAGCCAUCCCUCCUUUCCUUCGAUUUGAUGGCCUUGUGGAGAACAAGAAGCCAACCAAGAAGGAUGUCAUAAACCUCCUCAAGGAUGCCUGGAAGCAACGUCUUGUUGAGGAGCAGAAAGAGAAAUUCCCAGAUUUCUUCUUCAGUUUCCUGGAGCAUCGCUUUGGACCUGGUGAAGCCAUGGCCUGGGCUUACACCAUUUUUGAAAAUAUCAAGCUCUUCCACUCUAAUGAGGUCAUGAGUCAGUUCUAUGCAGUCUUGAUGGGAAAGAGGAGCGAGAGUGUAUACAUCAAGCAGAAGGAGACAGUGGCACAGCUGCUGAAGGAGAUGACAAAUGCCGACAGUCAGAAUGAGGGGCUGAUAACCAUGGAGAACUUAAGCACUGUCCUCAAGAGCACCUUCCCCUUCAAGAAGGAAGAGAAAAUUCUGGAGUUGAUGGAGGCAGGAGGCUGGCAUCCCAACAGCAGCAAUGCAGACUUGAUCAACUACCGCUUGUUAUUUAUAGAGGAUGAAGAGGGCCAGAGUAUGCCCUUUGUACAAAAGCUGUGGGAACAGUACGUGGAUGAAAAGGAUGAGUACUUACAGGAACUAAAACAGGAGCUGGGCCUGGAACUCCAUGAUGAGGUAACCCUACCCAAGGUACGUGAAGCCCUGAUGAACAUCGAUCCCAGCCUGGACAAGCAGACCCUAAAUGGCUACUUGAGCAGGGCCUUCCAGGUCCCCAGGACAGAAUUGCCUGAGAAGGGUGAAGAGAAGGAAGAUGGCAUUGUGGUACAGGUCAAGAUUGCCCUGGAACGGCUUCAGAUGACUGACAUCAGGCGCAUGGGGUCUCGAGAGCAGGAACCUGCAAGCUAGGGCCACUAUGGGCAGCCUUAGUGCUCCAGUGCUGCUAACCUCUGACUUUUAAUAUAAAAUUAUUUGUCUGAAC